AUAAGUAUUGACUGUAGCUUGGACUGUAGUAGCUGGUUAUAUUCCGUCCAAUUUUAAAUGACUGCAUGUCACAACGUGACAACGUUAACAGUCUAGAUAUAAUAUAGAAGUCUUUAUAGAUUCGUAGUGUAAAGCCGAACUUCGUUAAUCAAGAUAAAAAAAAAACGAAUUUUGGAUCGGACAUGUAAGGUUCUCCUUAUUUAAGUCCCCCUUGUUGCCUCGAAUCUCCAACGUAUCAUCAAUUAUGAAGUUUUUCUCGCGAGCGGAUACCCAUGUACCAACCGAGGUUCCGGAAGAUGCACCGAUAGCGAAAUGGACGUACUCUCAGGUAUUGGCUGCAUUCGCAGUAUCGGUGGGUUCUAUGCAAAUCGGUUAUUCACUUUCGUACACAUCACCAGCGCUAGUAUCCAUGCGUGACUUCGCCAUAACGGGCUUCGAAGUUACUCCACAAAUGGGUAUGUGGAUUGGAUCAAUUAUGCCGUUGAGCGCGCUUCUCGGUGGCAUCACCGGGGGACCGUCCAUCGAAGCGUUCGGAAGAAGAACCACAAUAAUGUGCACGGCGUUACCGUUCUUCAUAGCGUGGGUCUUAAUUUGGCUGGCUAUGAAUAUCCCGAUGGUGCUGGUUGGGCGAGCGAUAUGCGGAUUCGUCGUAGGGAUCGCUUCCUUGGCGUUUCCCGUGUACUUGGGUGAAACGAUACACGCGGAAGUGCGCGGUGGACUCGGUUUAAUGCCCACUGUCUUCGGUAAUGGCGGAAUAUUAGUAUGCUACACGGCGGGCAUGUUUCUGUCUUGGAGAAACCUGGCACUGUUAGGUGCGAUUUUUCCGAUACCGUUUGUGAUUCUGAUGUACCUAAUUCCGGAGACGCCAAGAUAUUUUAUCUCGAAGGGGAAAAUAGAAAAGGCACAAAAAUCUCUUCAAUGGCUGCGUGAUAGUAUGGAUAUAACUGAGGAAUUGAGCAACAUUGAGCAAAUACAUCAAGAAGCCGUCGAGAGAGAACGGGUUAUAGUGGAGAGCACAUUCACGUUGCUGACGAAGGAAGGUCAUCGCGUACCGGUUCUCAUUUCCCUCGGACUGAUGUUUUUCCAACAAAUGUCCGGUAUCAAUGCAGUGAUAUUCUACACUGUACAAAUCUUCCUGGACGCUGGUAGCACAAUCGACGAGAACCUUUCCACCAUGAUCAUCGGCCUGGUGAACUUGAUCGCCACCUUCAUCGCUGCAGUCCUGAUCGACAGACUGGGCAGAAAGGUGCUACUGUAUAUAAGCGCCGUGUCAAUGAUCGUGACUCUCACCGUUCUCGGUGGAUAUUUCUACGCUAAAUCAUUGGGCGUAAACGUGGUGGUCAUCGGAUGGUUGCCGUUGCUCUGUCUAAUCGUGUACGUGAUAGGCUUCUCGACCGGUUUCGGACCGAUACCCUGGUUGAUGAUGGGCGAGAUUCUACCCGCCCAGAUUCGAGGAACAGCCGCAAGCAUUGCAACCGUUUUCAAUUGGAUGUUCACGUUCAUUGUGACAAAGACCUUCCAGGACCUCAUAGACUUGUUGGGCACGCACGGUGCCUUCUGGGUGUUUGCCUCCUUCGUUGUGAUUGCUCUCUUCUUCGUGUUCUUCUGUGUGCCAGAGACGCGCGGCAAGACCCUCGAAGAGAUUGAAAGAAGGUUCACUGGUCCAGCUAGGAGGUUGAGCGCGAUCGCUAAUAUAAAACCGUUGCCGAUGACGACUUAGCCGCUAGCCGCCAAAAAUUCAAAAUUCGCCAAAAACGAGCAAGCUCGUUCGCGUGAAAAAACUUCUUACAUCUUUCUAAGAGAAAAAUUUUCUUAUAAGGACAUGCCCUUUCCCUUAGGUUUAAAGGAAAGCUUUAAGUUUGAAAGUAUGCUUCUACUCUUCUGUAUUAAAAGGAGGCGUAACUAUCCUCUCUCUUUCUCUCUCGGUUUUUCUUAUCUUGCUUUUACUUUCGAGAUUUUUUGCAUGACUUGUCUAUCACGAUGAAUUUGCGCAGAAACGAACAUACAAUAUUCGAAGAAAUAAUAAAUAAAAAAAAAAAUAAAAAAUAAAAAUAAAAAAAAUAAAAAA